UUUUUUAGAUAUAUAUAAUAAAUAGUAUUGAAAAAUACUAUUUAAAUUAAGAAAAACUGUAUUAUAUCAUAACUUUUACAAAGUUUCCACAAAAGAAAUUACAUAUAAGAUAUUUUGUUAUUAAUUAAGGUGAAAGUACUGCUAUAGUCUUAAACAAAAACGCGAAAAUAAUAACCACAGUAGUGUGAUUGCUUAUCAAAAAAAGGAGAAAUUUAUACAAUGCAAUCUGAUGAGAAAGAUAGUGACUUGAUGCCAAAAUUAGAUCUUGUAAGAGAUAAAAGUAAAUUAAAAUAUAGUGAUAUAAUAUAUAUGAAACAAGCAGAAGAAGCAGCUAUUCAAAGAACAUCCCAAUAUGCAAAAAGACGUAACAAGUGUGCAAAAGCAGGUUUUGCUCUAGCUGGUUUAUCUUUAGGAAUUUAUCUGUAUACCAUAUAUGCUGUAAAACAGGAAACAUUUUUAAAUGAUCUAUAUGAACCUGAAAAAAUAAUUGAAAAACCUAGUUCAAAAACUAAUGUCGCUUAAAAUUAUUUGUAUUUGUAUCCUAUGAGACAUUACUCUUACCUACAUAUUAUCUAAAUACAAAUAAAAAAAGAACUAUGUCAACUCUAAGGUUACCACCUUUACCAAGUAUAAAAAAUUUGUUAAAAAUAUAUAAAUUGCAUGCAGUGAAACAGCUUUCUCAAAACUUUAUCUUAGAUCAAAAUUUGUCAGAUAAAAUAAUAAGAAAAA